ACCAUAUUACCCUCAAUGAGAAUAUCCGUCGCUGACUCAGCUCAAGUGGGACCCACUUAUGUCUUUUGCAAAGUGAUUAUCCGCCGCACAAAAGUAUCUCCUCCACUCUCCACAUACAAAGCAAGCAUUUUUCCGGCGAUAGCAUCGGAAGAAACCUCGGAAAAAAUGGAAGGUCUUGUUUCCUUUCAGCCCUUCCCCUCAUCCGUCAUUCAACGGCGGCUCUCUACGGUUUACCUCCACAGACUCACCAGAUCCUCCUCCUCCUCCUCCUCUUGUGCUCCUCUUCGUGCUCAACAGUCAGGAAUCACGGGAGGUUCCGAAAGUGUUUCUUCGGCAUUGGAGGGUAAAGUGAGUGAACAAGAAGUGGUUAUUUACCAGGAUGAAGUAGUUGCUAGUCAAGGUAUUAGGAUAAGGAGACGACCACCUACUGGUCCUCCAUUGCAUUACGUUGGACCUUUUGAGUUCAGGCUCCAGAACGAGGGUAACACUCCUCGCAACAUCUUGGAGGAGAUCGUGUGGAACAAGGAUAAAGAAGUUACUCUGAUGAAGGAGAAAAGGCCUCUCUAUACACUGAAGAAGGCUCUUGAAACUGUUCCUCCUCCUAGAGACUUCAUUGGUGCUCUUAGAUCUGCUCAUCAAAGAACCGGCCUGCCUGGUUUAAUAGCUGAGGUCAAGAAAGCUUCUCCAAGCAGAGGUAUCCUCAGAGAGGAUUUUGACCCUGUUGCAAUUGCUCAAGCUUAUGAAAAGGGUGGAGCAGCGUGUCUUAGUGUUUUGACAGAUGAGAAAUACUUCAAGGGAAGCUUUGAGAAUCUGCAAGCUAUAAGGGAGGCUGGUGUAAAGUGCCCUUUGCUUUGCAAAGAGUUCAUCAUAGAAGCAUGGCAGAUAUACUAUGGUAGAAGCAAGGGAGCAGAUGCAGUUCUGUUAAUCGCUUCUGUGUUACCUGACCUUGACAUCAAAUACAUGAUUAAGAUUUGCAAAAUACUUGGAAUGGCUACUCUUGUGGAGGUUCAUGACGAGAGGGAGAUGGAUCGCGUUCUAGCAAUUGAAGGAGUUGAGCUCAUUGGCAUCAAUAACCGUAACCUAGAGACGUUUGAGGUAGAUAUUGGUAUCACAAAGAGGCUCCUGGAAGGAGAGCGUGGUGAAUUGAUCCGUCAGAAAGACAUCCUCGUGGUUGGAGAAUCAGGGUUAUUCACUCCAGAAGACAUUGCAUUCGUACAAGAAGCCGGUGUCAAAGCAGUUCUAGUCGGUGAAUCACUUGUUAAACAAAGUGAUCCGGGGCAGGGAAUCAGCGCACUUUUUGGAAGAGAUGUCUCAGGAUGAGUUUUUGUGUAGAGAAACUUUUUGUAUAGGGAAAAGCUUCAUUGUUUUCUCCAUUUAAUGCCGCUCAAAUGUGCAGAGACUUGUGCCUAUACAGAAUAACAUAUUUCCUUUGAUACAUAUACUUUACAGAAUCA